AUGUCACCACCACGUCGCUCCACUACACGAAUUAACAAAAGAGUCAUGCCUGACUUUUUAAGACGAUUUGGUGGAUCUCAGAAUGCAGUAUCAAAUGCUAGUACUGUACAAUACGUUGGUGCUCAUAAUGCAUGGGCUACUCUCGUGCCUUCGGACAAUCGUGGCUUACCGUCUAUUUAUCUGACCGAAAAGGUGAAUUAUUUGGGAAACCAGCAGCAUAAUGAACCUGUAUUUAAGCGGUUACCAGCUGAUCCCAGAAUAGAUAUGAUUCAUUGUUCCAUCUUCAAAGAAUAUACUGAGGGUGUAGGAACGGUUGUUAAAUUACAAAAUCACAGUCGAAACGGGGCUGUUAAGGUUUUGGAGCGUGAAAUAUUGUCAAACCAUUAUUUUGAGUUAAAAGAGGGUGAUUGCAUCAAAUUUCCUUCAUCAAGAGGUGAUUGGUAUAGCUAUUCCAUAGAGAUCGACUUAAAGCCGGAAGGAAGAUUUCAUAAUGAUUUUAAGAUCAAAGGUGUUCUUGGAACGGGUCACUUUGGGGAAGUAAAGUUGGCUACUCUCGCAAAUGCCCCACAUUUAGUUCGCAUCCGUAACUUAUAUAAUGAAGAUGAUAAAUUAUACCUUGUUAUGGAUUAUAUUAAAGAUGGUGAAUUUUUCGAUUUUAUAUCAAAAAAAAAGAAACUAUCUGAAUAUGAGGCUCGCUAUCUGCAUGAUCAUCGUAUCGUACAUCGAGAUCUUAAACCUGAGAAUAUCCUUAUGUCAAACAAGGCAAAACUUGAAGUUAAGAUAACGGAUUUCGGAUUGUCUAAACUUCUUGGCCCUGAAUAUUCUUUGAUGAAGACUAUGUGUGGAACUCCUCUUUACAUUGCCCCAGAAGUCCUAGAUCGGUCACCUAGGCGUAGUUACGGAAAAGCAGUUGACAUGUGGAGUCUUGGCGUGAUCCUAUACGUCUGUCUUUGUGGGUAUCCACCAUUCGCCAAAGACUUUGGUCCACCAUCCUUUGAAGAACAAAUAAGGUCGGGAAUAUAUCGAUUUUACCCCCCCGCAUGGUGUCAUAUUAGUAAUGAAGCAAAGAGCUUAAUAAGAGGUUUAUUGACUGUCAAUGUAAGAGACAGAUUAACAGCUUCGCAGGCUUUAGAACAUCCUUUUAUGCAGGUUUUACCAUUACCUCAACCUGUUUCUGUCGUUCCAGAUGUGGUCAAUGCACCAGCUUUACCACGAGUUAAUAGCAACGUCCAACCAAGCGAUGAAGUUAAAAUAAUUUUCGCUCAGAAACUUUCCGCUCUAUCUAAACGUGCUGAAUCCGGCGAUGACGUAGAUGAUACAAACGAUGUCAAUGAUGCAUCGUUCGUUACUGCUGAUACGAUCGUAUCAUCCAAUUAUUUCUCUCGACCCGGUCCUCCAGCUCAGGAUGAAUCCAUUUAUUAUUCGGCCAUUGAAUUCAAUUCUUCAAGUUUCGGUAGCCAUUGUAGUGGUGGUAGUUUUACCUUCUGA